AUGUCGGCCUCAAUAUCAGUCGCGCGACUGCGCCUGCAGUCGGUGACUCAAAGAUCUUCCAAACAAGCAAUCCGUUCCUUCACAUCAACUACUCCCUUCGCACGACAAGGAAGUGGGGAGGUUAGAGCACCAGUCAAUGACCCUACAACAAGAGUUACUCCUCCCAAUGUGUCCAAGACAAACGAAACUCCGGUAGACAGUUAUGGUCUCAGGGAUGCGCCACUACAGGAAAUGGCUACGGACGCGGAAAAGAAGAGGCAGAUGCAAGCUCCGAACAGACAGGGAGUUUGGUCACGCAGUCAGAUGCCUCGAGAAUUGGCCAUGUCAGGUCCUCGAUUCGAGCAGACUAUCAUAGACGCACAACCACGACCUUAUGCAGCAAUCGAGCUCAUUCACAAACAACCAGUAAGAUGGGUUGACGGUCAUUAUGUCGCCUGUGACGGCGGUGGUGGUCCACUUGGCCACCCAAAGAUCUUCAUCAACGUCAAUCAGCCAAAAAUCAAUUGGUGUACCUAUUGCGGGUUGCCAUAUGCUCAAAAACAUCACAGAAAAUACUUAGAGUCACUACCUAAGGAGCAACUCGCUUUUCCACUAUAUCCAACUGGUGACCCUGAUGAGGUCGCUAUGCCGAAGACGAAAACUCAGAUGGGCGAAAUUCAAGGCGAAUUCCCUGCGCUCAAAGGCGAGCUGGACGCCAAUUCUAUUCCUCAAGACGACACUUCAGACAACAAGGAGGAUCGAGCUUAUGCCAACAGAUAA